AUGCGGAGGGGCACGGGGCGGGGCCUCAGGCCGGAAGUCGGGCGGGACUUGGAGGGUCGGUUGCGGUUGAUUUGGGCCGUAGACUAUGGUAAUGGUCCCUCCUAUAAGCUCCGCCGGUACGUUCCCCCCCUAGGUGUCACCUAUGCCCAGCCUCAGAGUGCAUUCCAAGGAGGCAGAGAGGUUGAGCCCUCAGCUCCUGGACCAGCUCCUUGGGCUCCUGCAGCCCAAGCCUGUCUGAGUGACACUGCUGUGACCCACUCUGGAUCUUCAGUCUGUGGGCCUCUCUGCUGCCACGCUGUUAAAUUGGAAGCCAUCCACCCUCACCAUCAGCAGCUAGGUUGCAGUACUGAGGAGAAGACUUCUUAUCCCAAGGAGCACAUUUCUGAAGAUUUGGAGUCACAGGCAGUAAUACAACAAUCGUUUGUUGGUGAUGUUUCUCCGUCUCCUAAGUUUGGAGGGAUCACUGAUGGACUAUUAGAAAGUGGCUGAAAUGUCUCCGAAGCUGAGAGCCUGCUCCAGCCCCUCUACUGACAGGAAGACCUCACACCAAUGACCACGUUUCUGAAGAGCCCCUUAGGAGAGAAAGGUCUGAUUUGUAAGGGUUUCGACAAAAACUUCAGUUUGAGCCCAAGCCCAUUAGUGUGUCAGGAAGUCUCUACAGAAGAGAGGCCACAUCCAUACUCCACCUCAGAGAACAUUCAGCACAAUAGGGACCUAACUGGCCAGGAGGGGCUUCCUACACCUGAAAGCCCAUUCACAUGUCCUGAGUGUGGGAAGGCAUCCCGAGGAAACCUUGACCUCGCUUGGCAUCAGGGAGCCAACUCUGGAGAGAAGUCUUUAAUGUGUUUUGAAUGUGGAAAGUCCUUUAGCCAAAACUCUGUUCUUAAAAAACAGUGACAACCUUGCCUACCUGUGAAAGCCUACCAGUGUGGCAAGCGUACAAAAGUCCUUCCAGAGCACACAGACUUUGACAGGCAUCAGGUUCACCAGCACAGUGAAUAUUAUAUGUAUAACGGAUGUGGAAAAGCCUUCAGCCAGAACUCAAGCCUUAAAGAACACCAAAAGUCUCACAUGAUGGAGAAGCCUUAUGAAUGCGGUGAAUGUGGCAAGGCUUUUAGGUGGAGCUCAAACCUCACCCAGCAUCAAAGAAUCCAUUCUGAAGAAAAACCGUAUGUAUGCAGCCAGUGUGGAAGAGCCUUCAGGCGGAGCUCACACCUCACCAAACACCACAGGGUUCACACAGGUGAGAAGCCUUCCAAGUGCAGUGAGUGUGGGAAAGCCUUUAACCAGAGUGCACACCUCAGGAAGCAUCAGAGGGUUCACACUGGAGAGAAACCCUAUGAGUGUAGUGAGUGCGGCAAGUCUUUCAGCCGCAUCUCAAACCUCAUUAAGCAUCACAGGGUUCACACCGGAGAGAAGCCUUAUCCGUGCAGUGACUGUGGCAAAGCCUUUAGCCAGAGUUCUAGCCUCGUUCAGCAUCGGAGAAUUCACACUGGCGAGAAGCCUCACGUGUGCAGUGUGUGUGGGAAAGCCUUCAGUUACAGUUCUGUGCUCAGGAAGCACCAACUCACUCACACAGGGGAGAAGCCGUAUGGGUGCAGUGUCUGCGGGAAGGCCUUCAGCCACAGCUCGGCCCUCAUCCAGCAUGAGGGUGUGCACACUGGAGACAAGCCCUACGAGUGCCACGAGUGUGGGAAGACCUUCAGUCGGAGCUCCAACCUCAUCCUUCACCAUCGCGUCCACACUGGGGAAAAACCGUAUGAGUGUGCCGAGUGUGGGAAGACCUUCAGCCAGAACUCAACCCUCAUUCAGCACCAGAGGAUUCAUAAUGGCUUGAAACCUCAUGAAUGUAACCAAUGUGGCAAAGCCUUCAACCGAAGUUCAAAUCUCUUUCACCACCAGAAAGUGCACACUGGGGAGAGGCCCUACACGUGUGUUGAGUGUGGCAAGGGCUUCACCCAGAGCUCACAUCUCAUUCAACACCAAAUAACCCACACUGGUGAGAGGCCCUAUCAGUGCAGUGAGUGUGGCAGAGCCUUCAGCCAGCGUUCUGUCCUUAUCCAGCACCAAAGGACUCACACUGGACAGAAGCCCUACGCCUGCUCUGCUUGCGGGAAGGCUUACAGCCAGCACUCCAGGUUGGCUAAACACCAGUUGAUUCAUAAGGAGUAGCCCGGAGACUGGGAGGGGCGAAGCAGAGCCAUGGUUCCCCUGGUUCUUCUGGCCCUUGUUUCAGCUGUCCGCUCCCCAGACGGGUGGCCAGCUCACUGAUUACUGUGCCCAGCUGCCACAGAACCUGGGGCCUCCUUUGACCACCCUUCAGGGCUCUCCUGCUGUUGCUGCCACCACGUGGCCUCUCAUCUGCAUUGUGUUGUUUUUCUAACCCACAGACUCAUGUUGGUUAGAAGGAAAAGGUGGCAAAGGCUUUGUGAUCAGAGUUUGUUAUCGUAAUCAAAGGGUGUGAGGAUAGGUAAUGUGACCUUUUGGACUGGAAGUAACCUCAGGAAUUCUUUUGUUGUUUAGCACUCAGUCACAGGAAGUAGGCUUGGAUUCAGAGUCUCUUGUUGAUAGUUUGUUUGCAUAAGAACUAGAUUAGGGGUUUCAGAUCCCAUUGCCACCUUCCCUGGGGUAAUACAGCAGUUGCUGUCCCUCUCACCCGACAUCUUACACCAGAGCUCCCUGUAGUCCUGAGUUCUUGAGUCAGGUUAGCGUCCUCCUGCUCUGCAGAGCCUCUAGCACAGUCCUCCAGCUUCUGUGUCUCAGGAGCAGGACCCCAGAAGCACUUUCUUCAUGGCUCAUCUCUUCCACUUCAGGUUCCAGGCCAUCUUUCCACACAUGUGCCCAUCAUCAGUUUUGGAGUACUUCCUGUUCCGUCUCAGGCAGUCCUGAUAUCCAGAAUUGCACUCACACUGCUCCAUAGGAGGGUUUCUGGCACUUAGGUGAGAGCUAGCAUUAUUUAAGGACUUGUGCCGCUGCUUCCCAUCUGCCAACAAAAAGUCAUUUCCCUUUUCCUGGCAGAAGGGACACAUGGCUCCACGGACAUAUACCUGUGGCUGCAUAUGAGAGACUGUUCCACCCUCCAGGGUCCCUCAGCCCCUUCUCAACAGUUGUUAUACACAGCAAGGCUCCCAUGUGGCCUCCUGACCCUUCUCACCUCGACCCCAGCUCUCUUAUGCCCCCCAACACCUGUUGGUCUCAUUCCCUCUCCCCCUCUGUUCUGUUCUCUCUCUUGCUCUCCCUGUCUCCCCUGUUCUCUCCCUCUCUCACUUCCCUAGCCCUGGCCAUAUCCAGACUGCUUUCUCUUUCUCUCAGCUCUGGACUCCUCGAGAUGCCUCUUGACAGUUCCCUUUCUUAUGAACAAUAAAAUUCUCAUCCCUACUAA